AUUAAAAAAGGCCGAGCCGGAGUGAAGGGAUAUUUCUGGCAAUUCCAUGAGUAAGGGUAGAAAAUAAAAAAAACAUCCUAAUCGUCCAUUUCCCUCCGUGAAUUUACCCAGUUACCCUAAACACACACUAAACCAAAUCGGCCGUUUCCCUCUCUUCAUCCCGUUUCCGUAGAUCCGACGCCUCACUGGGUUUACGCAACGUCUCAUUAAUCUCCAUCCUCUAUUGAAGCGUGCUCUGAUUUCUCCAUUGAAGCAGCUUCUGAGCUUUUUCUCCCCAUUAAAACAGAUUCUGAGGUAACAUUUUGUUUUGAAUAUCAACCUAGGGUUUAGUUUCACACUAUCGUUGAUUUCAUUGUCGAUUUAGGGUAUUGAACUAUUCGUUGUAAUUACUCUAGAUUAUUACGAGUGAUUUUGAAUAUCAAUUUCACAAUCUAGGGUUUAGUGUUGGUUUAUUUUUCAUUAUAGUCGAUUUAGGGUUUUUCUGAGGUGGAUUGUUGAACUAUUCAUUAUAAUUACUCAAGUUAUGAAAGAUUAUAUCGAGCAAUUUUGUUGCUAGACUAGAAUUUUUCUAUUGAUAUUCGUAAUCGAGAAUAGUUUUUAUGGAGGAGGAAAGAGAUGGAAAUACGAAGAGACGAGAUGAAGGAGAAAGGAAUGAACGUGGAGGGAGCGAUUCAGAGUAUUCUGAUAAAGAGAGGGAUAGGAGGAGAAGGGUGGAGGAGGAUGGAGAUCGUAGGAAUAGGAAGAGAAGAGAUAAUGGACGUGGAGGGAGUGAUUCAGAGAGUUCUGAUAUAGAGAGGGAUAGGAAAAGAAGUGAGAGGCAAGAGCGACCGAAUAGAAGGGUGGAGGAGGAUGGCAAUGGAAAUAGGAAGAGAAGGGGUGGAAGAGAAAGGAAUGGGCGUGGAGGGAGUGAUUCAGAGGGUUCUGAUAUAGAGAGGGAUAGGAAGAGAAGUGAGUGGCAAGAGCGGGAGCAGGAGCGACCUAGGAGAAGGGUGGAGGAGGAUAAAGAUGGGAAUAGGAAGAGAAGGGAUGGAGGAGAAAGGAAUGGUGGGCGUGGAGGGAGUGAUUCAGAGGGUUCUGAUAAAGAGAGGGAUAGGAAGAGAAGUGAGAGGCAAGAGAAGGAGCUACCUAGGAAGAGAUCUGAUGAUGAUGGGGGGAAUAAAAAGAGAAGAGAUAUUAGUGACAAGAAUGGGCUUCGAGAGAAUCAUUCAGAAAGUUCUGGUGAUGAGAGGGAUAGAAAGAGAGGUGAGACACAAGCACAAGAGAAGCCUAGGAAAAGGUUGGAUAAUGAAGAAGCUGGUGAUGGGAAUAGAAGUGGUAAUAGGGAGAGGAAUGGGCGUCAAGCUAGCGAUUCAGGGAGUUCUGAUGAAGGGAGGGAUUGGAAGAGUAGUGGGAGACGAGAAAAGGAGCAACAUAACAAGAGGUUGGAUGACAAAGAAGAUGGCAAGGAAACGGUUAUUGAAGGAAGGCAUGGUAGAAGAAUGAAUGAAAGAAACAGUUAUACUGGCCGUCGAGGGAAUGACUCAGAAAGUUCUGGUGAGAACCGGCGACGGGAUAGGGAGAGACGCAAACAGAAAAGAGAGAGGAGAAGUGACUCAGAAAGUUCUAGUGAGGACCGGCGACGGGAUAGGGAGAGACGCAGACGAGAAAGAGGGAGGAGAAGGCACCGAUAUGACACGGAUGAUUCCUCUGAUUCUGAUGGGCGUAGAAAAAGGCAUAGCAUGCGAAGGAGUGAUCGGAGAGAGGGUAGGACUAGUAAACAAACACAUGAUCUCGAGGAAGGGGAAAUCAGAUCUAGGAGAGAAACGAAUGAUAAAGCUUCUGAGUUGAAGCAACAAGGCAGGGAUGUUAUAGGAGAAGAGCCUGCAAAACCGCAAACACAGUCUACCACAGCAAAUAUGAAUCCGGGUGGUGAUCUUAGUACCCUUGGGAGGACUGGAGGAGUUUACAUUCCACCAUUUAAGUUGGCUCGAAUGAUGAAGGAAAUUGAGGACAAAAGCAGUGUGGAAUAUCAGCGUUUGACAUGGGAUGCUCUUAGGAAGAGUAUCAAUGGUUUGGUAAACAAAGUGAAUGCCAUUAAUAUCAAGAACAUUAUCCCAGAACUGCUUGGCGAGAAUCUCAUCAGGGGAAGGGGUCUGUUUUGUCGAUCAUGCAUGAAGUCCCAAAUGGCAUCACCAGGUUUUACUGAUGUAUUUGCUGCUCUGGUUGCUGUGGUCAAUACCAAGUUCCCUGAAAUUGGGGAUCUUCUUUUGAGGAGGAUUAUUUUGCAGCUAAAGAGAGCUUACAAGCGUAAUGAUAAGCCUCAACUGAUGGCUGCUGUAAAAUUCAUAGCUCAUCUAGUUAACCAGCAAGUUGCUCAUGAGCUUGUUGCUUUGGAAUUGCUCACCAUUCUGUUGGAGCAGCCUAGUGAUGAUAGUGUUGAGGUUGCAGUUGAUUUUGUCAAAGAAUGUGGCUCUAUUCUUCAAGACCUUUGUCCCAAGGGUCUGCAUGGUAUUUUUGAACGUUUUCGAGGAAUUCUUCAUGAAGGAGAGAUUGACAAAAGGGUUCAAUUUCUGAUUGAAGGCCUGUUUGCCAUAAGAAAGGCCAAAUUCCAGGGGCAUCCAGCUGUUAGGCCUGAACUGGAUCUUGUGGAUCCAGAAGAUCAGCUCACUCAUGAGAUGUCACUAGAAGAUGAGAUAGAUCCUGAGACUGGUCUUGAUAUUUUCAAGCAAGAUCCUAAUUUUGUGGAAAAUGAGAAAAAGUACGAGGAGCUGAAGAAAUCCAUACUGGGAGAUGAGUCAGAGGAGGGCGAGGAUGGCUCUGAUGCUGGGUCUGAUGAUGAUGAGGACGAUGAAGAAGAGGAUGAAGACGAAGAAGAGCAGCAAAUGCAGAUUAAAGAUGAAACAGAAACCAACCUCAUAAAUCUUCGAAGAACAAUCUACUUAACAAUUAUGUCCAGUGUAGAUUUUGAAGAAGCUGGCCACAAGUUGCUAAAAAUCAAACUUGAGCCUGGGCAAGAGAUGGAGUUAAAUAUUAUGUUGCUGGAGUGCUGCAGCCAAGAGAGGACAUAUCUCAGAUAUUAUGGUCUUUUGGGCCAACGGUUUUGUAUGCUUAACAAAGUGUAUCAGGAAAAUUUUGACAAGUGCUUUGUUCAGCAAUACUCGAUGAUACAUCGCCUUGAGACAAACAAAUUACGGAAUGUGGCCAAAUUCUUUGCUCAUUUGCUGGGCACUGAUGCUCUUCCUUGGCAUGUGUUAGCUUACAUACGUUUGACUGAAGAGGACACAACUUCUUCAUCUCGUAUCUUCAUUAAAAUCCUUUUCCAGGAAUUGUCUGAGCACCUUGGUAUCCGGUUGCUGAAUGAACGGCUUAAUGAUCCAGCAAUGCAAGACUCCUUUGAUUCGAUUUUCCCAAAAGAUAAUCCCAGAAACACACGAUUUGCGAUCAACUUCUUCACAUCCAUUGGUCUUGGAGGAAUAACUGAGAACUUGAGAGAGUACCUGAAGAACAUGCCACGAUUGAUAAUGCAACAACAGAUUCCAGAGUCUGAAGCCAAACCUGAACCUGAAUCUGCUUCUACUUCUGAUACUUAUUCAAGUUCAAAUUCAUCAGCCUCAGAGUCAUCCUCCGCUGAAUCUGAUUCUAGUUCCGAUGCAAGUUCAUCAAGCUCAGAUGAUGAUAGCCGUAAUAAAAGGAAGAAGAAUGAUAGCGGUGGUGGUAGACAUAGGAAACGAAGGAAGGGAGACUAGGAAACACACUGAAACCUUUUCUUCCCUCCUUGCAUUGUAGAAACAAGUUUUAUCCUCCUUAGUCUCCAUCAAAUGUAGAUGACACUAUUUAUAGAGAUGGAAACAGAAUUUGUACUAGCAUAGCUUAUAAUUUUAUUAUAGGUUUUUACAGUUUUGUAAUAAAUUGGUUCAAUUUG